AUGGACACAAGUACCUGUCCUGCCCCAUACUCACCCACACGGCGGCGAGCAGUACACGUGACCCUGGUCGCCAUCUGUGUCUGCACACCUGACGGAGUGACUGACAGCCAGCAGCAGCAAGCCAUCUGGGCCUCUGGGCCUCUGGGCAGCUUCCGGACAAGCCUCCCAGCGGAAAGGCGACAGGCGUGGGCCCUGGACAGGCCGUCUAGUAGCGCCUCCAUGUCCCCACCAAAUCUUCCGCAGCCACCAAACUGCCCUCGUGCUGCUCGCGCGCUUGCACCCGCGCCCAUUCCACUAGGUUUGCCUCUUGUUUUACAACUGCUGCAACUCACAGCUGCCUGUGCUGCCCUUGUGUCGACGCCCGUUCAUGUGUGUUUCACCCUCUGCUGUGAUCAAAACCCCGGUGUCCAUGGCCCGUCCGCGCGCCAUGGCGUCGACGAUGCGCAAAAGCCCACACACGCCCCGCUCCUCGCUCGGCCGGUGAUCAGGGCAAAAGUCCAAUCUGCUUACCUCGCACUGCUGAAAUGA